GAGUUUGUAUUAUACGAACCAUUCCUUAUAUUUAUGAAAUUCACUUUCCUUCUCCAGGGGUGGACCUGUUCUUAUUACAUAUAUACAUGGCUCUUGCGAACACACACACACACACACACACACACACACACACACACACACACACACACACACAAAAAAUAACACAAGAGGUCGUCAGCUCCUUUUCUCAUCACAUUGAUAUGAGACUAGAGAGGGAGAUUUGCGCGCAAAACCAAGUUUCUUUUUUUCUUUUUCUUUUUCUCUCUCUUCAUUUUAAUUGGAUUGGAUUGGAUUGGGUUCGGUUGGGGGUUUGGUUAUGUGCAAAAAAAAAAGCUCCACGGCUCCUCACGAUUAUUAUAUUUUACCGAGGGAUUCUUCUUAACGUAUUGAUUGCUACGAUUAGACGGGUGAACGACGGCGUUUUCUUUUUCUUAUUUACUUUGAUCUUGGUCUUCUUUCUUUUUUUUUUUUUUUUUUAUUAUUUCUUGGGAGAGUCUGGGUCAUUCACCAAUCCAAGUCCAGAUCCAGAUCCAGAUACAAAUACAAACCUUGUGAUAUUUGAAAAUUGGAAUAGCGAAUCAGGCAGAACCCGACGAUAUAGAUUAGUAGGAUACACAGGACAGGACAGGACACGACAAGAAUCGAAUAGAAUCGAUACUCUGCGUACUUAUGUUAUCUAGAUCAAGUGGUAGGUAGACACUUCAUUGACUGAGGUGUAUAUACUAUAUAAUGAGAUACGAAAUGAACUGCCAAAAAAGGGGGAAAA